GGGACGCAUUUCAAAAUGGCGUCUGGAAAUCCCUUACUGACUUUAGAACGGAUGCUAAAUGGCAGGACUACAUUAAAAACUCAAAAACUAACCCACAACAAUAUCAUAUGUAAGUGAAGAUUAUAUUUUCUUUGUAUUUUUCUUUAUAAAUUGCCAUAUUAUUGACGAAGAGAGUUUAACAGAACGUUUUGAAGAUGAUCAUCAUGAAGUGAAUUCUAGAACAACAGAACGACUGAUCAAUCCACUUGCACUGUAUGUGAUCUGUGACAGUGGUGUAGCUGCCUUUAAGCCAUCAUGCCCGGAAUUUGAGCAAAAAUAGGUGUAGGUUAUCACGUGUUCUUAAAAUGAUUUUCUCGAUCGAACUAAAAUAUUGACAAGGGCAAUUCUAGAAGCAAGAGUCUUGCAACACCUUUUACUCUUCGCACAGAGCAACUUACUUUUUCCAUUCUGAAUCUCUACCCAACGUUGUUCUGUUGUGUCACUGUUUUGCUGUCUAUGAGCAGUUCCCAGACCCCCUUGCUUAGAUUAAAAGUUUCAUGAAAAAUUGUCAGAGGUGCUUGUGAAGCCACAGCUUGCGAAGCCAAAGAUCAUCAUUAAGUGCCACAAAGAGGGUAAAAACGUACAUGCGAUCCUCGAUGUCAACAGAUCGACUACCGUGUGGCACAAAAUUUUUUUGGGUUCUAAUUUUUGCGAUUUUUGCAGUUUUUCCAGUGAUCCACAAAAAGAAGUUCCCGCAAAUAAAAAUUACUGCAAACAUUUUUCCCGCAAAAAUUUACUCCAGAGUAAAAUAUUCUCUAACUUAAAUUUGCUACACAAAAAUACAGUGGUAAGAAAUCGUGCCUGUUCGAUCACGACUUGUCUCUUUCAUUCAGAAAUGACGACAUUUAACAAUUAUUCGCCGAAGGCGAAGUUAAUAUUGUUGAAUAAUCCCCGAGACGAAGUCGAGGGGAUUAUUCAACAAUAUUAACUGAGCCUGAGGUGAAUAAUUGUUUUAGUAUAUUCACACGAAGUGAUCUCAACAGAAUCAGAAAGGAAACCAUUAAAAAACGAUUAGUUUGAUUGACGGGUGAAAAUUCAUGCGUGAACACGAAGCCGUAAACAGUGGAUGCGCAAAAGUUAGAUCUUUACAGUAUCUUCAAACAUGGCAAAUGAUAGUUUUAAUCCUUUUGUAUCGAGUUUUGUAAGCUUUAGCAUCAACGGUUUAAAAGAAAACGCCGAAAAUUUAAAUUACUACCCAAUUCUGAGAAGAAAAGUAUCUAGAGCUUUAUUUGUUUCUGUCAACUCACCGUGAAUGAGAAAGUUUUCUUCUUAAAGCUUCUUACAAAUGCUGUCAACAGCGGCUGCGAUCAAGGUGAGCAUUGUUUAUCUCAAAGUUCUUUGCCUUGUUAACUUGCUGACACGUACAAUUUUCGAAAAUAUUUGCCUUCCUCUCUUCUCCAUAAAUUAACUUCUAUUUAUAGGCAAAAUUGGUCUUGCGAGAAAUCCCGAAAUCACAAAACAGUGACAAAGCGACCUCGUUUUCCUCUGUAGAGGUAAACAUAGCUUCGAAAUGUACAAAAAAGUCAGCUAAAGUAAACCACUUCACAAUAAAUCACGCUGUUUAAACACCAUGAAGUCUUUUCUUGCCUUCAAAGUCAUCAGCACUUGGAUAUUCCUGUAUUUUCAAAAAGGUUUUACUUUGAAACUUUGGCAAAACACCCAGUUCACGACAGUGAUUUUGUUCGGCUUUAUAUUCACCGCCUAGCGCGGUGAAUAUAACGUCAUAGUCCGAGAUAGCUAACCAAUCAGAUUGCUUGAAUUACCAAGAUCACUGAGUGUGUAUAUACUAAACUGGUAUAUUACUUGAAAAUAUGUAUAUUUUCUAUUUCACGUACUCAGUAAAAAUGAAAAUAUUAUCAAUGCUGGGUACUGGGUACUUUCUGAAAAUCGCAAAAAUUAAUUCCUAGCAAGAAAAACCAAUCUGUCCUAAUCGCAAAAAUCACAAAAGUCGCUAAUCCGCAAAAAUAAACUCCAUCAAAAAUUUUGUGCCACACAGUAUCAUCCUUAGACUUCUUGUAUGCAUAUAAAGAGAUACCCAGUGACUCGCUGGAAAGAGUCGUCAGUGAUUUUCUUACAAAAAAAAGCCGUGAAGACUUGCAUUUUAUUGACAAGUGGUAAAUAAUAAAUACUGAUCAAACUUUCAUUUCAAGUACUCAUCAUGGCAUUAUUUUUCGGACAUGUCGGAAAAGCGGACUCGUUCAGACUGUUUUUCCCUUUUUCUGCUAAUGUUCUAAGAAUGUGCACUUUUAAAGGGUCAACAACAGAUUUUGCAAGUUUAUAUUUACGUUAGACAUUGGCAAAAAAACAAAUACCAGAAACAAUAAUGUUUUCAAUAAAGAGAAACCUAUUUGUCGAAGCGUUUUAUCAGUAUGCCUAAUAGUUUUGUUCUUUAGAAGUCUGGAUUGCAUUUUUUAUUCUUAAUAUUAUCAAAAUUCUUCAUUAUGUUGUGCACGCUGUGCUGUUCGUUUGUUAAUUAGUUUGUGCCUUAUAAACGUGUCAAACAAAAUCAUCAUCAUCAUCAUCAUUAUCAUCAUUGACCUCCUGGGUUUAAACCAAAAAAUGCCUCGCCAUGCCUGUGUGUGAAACAUCUUUAAAUCAUAAAUUCAUAUUGUGUAAACUUCUAGGCAUUGGAACAGAACUUCUUAAUGAAAUUCAGGAAGUCAUGAGGGAAGAUAAAGAGAAAGCAGUCAGGGAGGCUGUAAGUAAAACAAUUGAAGUAAUACAUGAGUUAUGUAAUUUGCCAGGUUUAGUCUAAAAUUAUCUAGUUAGCUGUUUUCUCGCCUAAACCUCGCCCAAGGGACAAGAAACCAGUUAACACACAACAAUACGUCAUUAAAAAAUAUAAUUAUCAUAAUCAUGAUCAUCAAAUCAUGCAUGUUUUCCAGGUAGGAAGUGUUGGUAUUUGCCAUGACAUUUUGGUUAAUUUUUGGGGGUUACGGGUAUAAAAAGUACAAUCAGUCAAGUUGGUCAGUCAAUUUAUCAGCAAGAAGAAAAAGUUAUGAGAAUUUUCAAAAUGAUCACUAAAUGGAAAAUGCUUUGAUUCUUUUAUCAAAUUCUCCUAACUACAAUCUUGGACAAAACUGUUGAGAAAAUUGUAUACUUGGACAGCAUUUUUCUAAACAUCGUAGUUGUACCGGUUCGUCCCUCUCCCCCUUCCCCUGAAAGCAAUGUUGUUGUGUAUUCAAAAGAAAGCCUGCCCUGGGCGUUUGUGGGAAGCAACAUUGAAUUGGGGGAAGGGGUUUUCUUUCCACAAAGGCGUCAUUUUGGAAAUAGUUUUGUUGCAUAGGAGAGUGGACAUGAUGGAGAAAACUUUCUCAAGUAGUUUUGUCCAGGAUUGUAGUUCCUCAAGAAAGUGUAUGGAGAUCAGUCAGGAGAAUUUUUGUUAGGAUUUUGGGGCUGCAAGGCUCAUAUUCAACCUAGAUGAACUGGUACCAAGGAAAAGUUUCAAUUAUACGUGAAUAUCUUGCCAUGUUGGGAACCAACUAAUCAGAUAAAAUGUCUAACAAUGCAGUCUUUCAAAGCAACUGGUCAGAAAGCCUACUACAUGAAAGUCAACCUUUAGAUAAUAGGCUGGAUUUGAAAAGUUGGUUACGUUGUAACUUUAUCUUCUCUUUAGCUAUAUGCACAUACUCAGUUGGGGUUGGUGGCAGAAGAGACCAAUUUUAUUAUUUAUUAUUGUCGAAUACAGGUUGCUGCAGCUGAAGCAACAGCAGAGGCAGAGUUGAGGCAGUCUCUGAAAGAGUUGAGGGAAAAAAUGGACGAUGAGAGGGAACAAGCUCUGGAAGAAGCAGGACUGGUAAACAAAUUUUCUCAGUUCAUUGCUUUUCCCAGAAUUUAAAUUUGGUGCAAACACUUUUAUUUCAUCCAAAGGCAAGAGAACAUACAAGUCCCAAGAGGCCACCAUCUCUUGAAAGAGCAUGACCACGUCUUACACUGAGUAAUGUUUAGUGUUGCAAAAAAUGUUGUUUUGCAUUGCAUAAUUUCUUUCCCGCACAAAUCAGGCAAAAGGUUACCCAUAAUUUUCAAUGUCUCUGAAACUAGAUCAUCAGUUAUCAUCAUUCGCCAUUUCAUUUCCAGAGAAAUUUAAGGAGACAUACUGGUAUUAUCUAAUAAAAACCUUUGAGUCUCUGAACAAGAUUCUGUAAUGAGAAAAACCUCUUUACCCACUUAAGCAAAAACCUCGUUAGCACUACUUUUACAUGGUUCUAUGUUUUGUAUUUAGUAUGUACAGUGGAACCUGGUUGAUACGGACACCAAGGGCACAUGUCAUAGUGACUGUAUUAUCGGGGUGUUGGUAUAUAUCAACGGGGCUCUCAGAAAAAAACUUCUCGGACACAGGGCUGUGGCUUGGUUGUUUCGGGUUGUAGGGUAUCUGCAAUUAGUAGGAGGGGAAUUGUACAGCAAGGAAGUUCUUCUAUUUUCCUUUUGGUUUCUUUAAAAGUAGCUGGGGCUCGUGCUCAAAGCAGCCAAGGAAAAUCCCCGGCCCCCGGCUCUUAGUGACAGUCCUGCGGACACAUGUUUUAAUAAUCUUAAGACUAAAGCAGACAUUUUUACGAGGAACUUAAGCAAGUUCAUCCUAAAGAAACUUCAUAAGCGUUUAUCAUCAUAUCCUUUCAAGCGGGGAAAUACAACAUUUGAUUACUUUGUACUGACACGUUUAGUUUGCGACUUAGCUAGGUGUUCUGAGCAUUACACAAAACUUUUAAAACCUAGGAUAAUUGGCUGUUUCUUCCCAUGUCCUUAAAGUGAAUGAGAGAGUAUGUGACUCGGGACAUAGAAAAGUGUCCGGUGUCUGUAUUAACCAGUGUGUGUUUAAAGCGGGUUAAUUUUAGGGAAAAUGUAUGAGCUUUUUGUUGGGCCAAACAAAACUAUCUGUUUUAUAUGGGUGCUAGUAUUAAGUGGGUGUCUGUAAAGUGGGGUUCCACUGUAGUUGUAAGGUUUGAUUCUGUGCAUUGAGUGCU